AUGUCUCACAGGAAAUUCUCUGCUCCCAGGCAUGCCUUGGGCUUCUUGCCUCGCAAGCAAAGUAGCCAGCAUCGCGGGGAAAUGAAGAGCUUCCACAAGGAUGCUUCCAAGCCUGUCUACCUGACAGCCUUUUUAGGCUACAAGGCUGGCCUGACCCACAUCAUCCGGGAAGUUGACAGGCCAGGAUCUAAGGUGAACAGGAAGGAAGUUGUGGAGGCUGUAACCACUGUGGAAACCCCACCCAUGGUGGUUGUGGGCAUUGUGGGAUACGUGGAAACUCCACGAGGACUCCGAACCUUCAAGACCAUAUUUGCUGAGCACAUCAGUGAUGACUGUAAACGUCGUUUCUUUAAGAACUGGCACAAAUCUAAGAAGAAGGCUUUUACCAAAUACUGUAAGAAAUGGCAGGAUGACAUGGGCAAGAAGCAACUGGAUAAGAACUUCAAAAGCAUGAAGAAGUACUGUCAAGUCAUCCGCAUAAUUGCCCACACUCAGAUGUGUCUGCUUCCUCUGCGCCAGAAGAAGGCACACUUGAUGGAGAUCCAAGUGAGGGGCACUGUGGCUGAGAAGCUAGACUGGGCCCAAGAGAGGCUGGAGCAGCAGAUUCCUGUGAACCAGGUGUUUGGACAGGAUGAGAUGGUUGAUGUCAUUGGGGUGACAAAAGGCAAAGGGUACAAAGGGGUGACCAGUCGUUGGCACACAAAGAAAUUGCCCCGCAAGACCCACAGAGGGCUGCGUAAGGUUGCCUGUAUUGGAGCCUGGCACCCUGCCUGUGUGGCCUUCUCUGUGGCUUGAGCUGGUCAAAAAGGCUACCAUCAUCGAACAGAGAUUAACAAGAAGAUUUACAAGACUGGUCAAGGCCAUCUCUUCAAGGAUGGUAAGCUGAUCAAGAACAAUGCAUCUACUGACUAUGACCCGUUCGACAAGAGCAUCAACCCACUGCGUGGCUUUGUCCAUUAUGGUGAGGUGACCAAUGAUUUUGUCAUGCUCAAAGGCUGCCUGGUCAGAACCAAGAAGCGAGUGCUUAUUCUUCUCAGUUCCUUGCUGGUGCAGACCAAAUGGCAAGCUCUGGAGAAGACUGACCUUAAGUUUAUUGAUACCACGUCCAAGUUUGGCCAUGGCCAUUUCCAGACCAUGGAAGAGAAGAAAGCAUUCACGGGACCACUCAAGAAAGACUGCAUUGCCAAGGAGGAAAGUUGCUUAAUGCCAGAAGCAAUUUGCACAGCUGGAAAAUUAAAUCAAAAGCGUUUUGCUAAUACAGAUGUAAAUUUUAGAAGAGAUGAAGAAGAUGAACAUUCUAAAAUGGAUGUCGAACAAGUAAACAAGAGAGAAGGCUUUUUUCACGUUGGUUUAAAAUCCUUAAAGGACUUGAUCCUGAUACUUAGGAGAAAAGUAAAUCCAGCUUCACCAAAGGCUGUAAUAAAUGCUCCUUUAGAAGUCUUGAAGCCAGUAGUGGCUAAGGAAAUCCUGGUGCCAUUUAUUGAAGAGAACACUAUGGAACCUCUGUACAACGUUCUUCUCCUGGUGGACAGCCUGUACCAGGACAUCACUCUUAUGUUUAAUGCCUUGGCACUACGUGCAAUUCUACUGUCUUCUUUAUGUCCUAGAGAUUGUGACUCAAAUAAAGAUGGCAGAGACCUCCUUACAAGGCUCCGCCUCCACGAUGCUCUUGCAAAUGUUGCCCUUGCACUUAUUCAGGAACAAAAUAACCAGAACAAAGUAAACUUAAAAAGUUGUGGGAGGGGUGUGUAUACGACUUCAGGUGCCCGGGGAAGCCAGAAGGAUCCAAUCUCCCUGGAGCUGGAGUUACAGGUGGUGCUGGGCUUCCCGAAUGAGCGCUGGGAACCAACCUCUGGUGCUCUGCAAGAGCAGGAUGUACAAAAUUGCUUCACCAUCUAUCUCUCUAGUCUAGAAAGAUUUUUUAAUAAGGUAAAACGCUGUAAUUUGUCUUUCUUCUUGCACGUGGGCAUCACCACUGAGUGCCAGGGUCACCUGCUUCCUGUGGAAACCUUCGUGGCCCUUAGCCCUCCUUGGCUCUACAUCUCAGCUCUCCGAUGCUUCAUCUUGAGUUCCAGCCUCACACACGUCCAUCUUCCUAGGUGUUAUCGUUAG